CCUUUAUUUUUUCUUAUUAUUCACCGAAAAAGAGGAUCUGCAGAGUGAGUGAUGGGGAUUGCGGCGGCUAUUGGAUUGUUGUCACCGUUUCCGUUCUAUUACUGCCUCUGGAUUUGGCCACAGUGGUGGGUGGACUUGUGUGGCAGAGGCCGAGAGGCCCGAGAUCCAUCUAAGGUUAUGGCUUACGUUUCUUACUUCUUGAAGCUCGUUCAGUUCAUCUCCCUCUUCUAUGUUUCUUCUUUCCACUGGCCUCCUCCUUUCUACUUCUGGCCCCUCAUUGCCUUUGGCCAAUUCCUAAAUUUCAGGGUUUAUCAGCUACUUGGUGAGACUGGCACAUACUAUGGUGUACGCUUUGGAAAAACAAUUCCCUGGGUAACUGAAUUCCCUUUUGGUGUCAUCACAGAUCCUCAGUACGUUGGCAGCAUCAUGAGCAUUCUUGCAUGCUUUUCGUGGGUUCCUUUUCAAUACAUUCUCCUUUGGGUUUUAGGAUAUGUGUUUAUGAUGCAUGUGGAAUCAAAGGAAGAUCCAUCUACUCGUGCCAAGCCACUCCAUUGAUUGAGUGAAUUUCAGUAGAUUAGAAGGAAUUUGGAGGAUUUAGCAGCACCUGAGGUGCCAAAUUCUUUGUAUCUUGCUGUUUCUUUCCUUUGCUCUGGAAUGAACAUCUCUAUUUUAUAUGUUCUGAUUCCAGCAAAUUAUUUCUAAUGAAUUGCGAACUUAUUUUUGUUUCUCAUGACGUGUGUAUUUCAAACAUGUCAAAGCAUUAGCCGAUUAAUUUAAUGAAUGCAACGUCCCACCUUUGAUAAGGAUUCAUCUUUUUUUUUUUCUUUUCUUUUUUGUAUGUGGAUCAAAGAAUAAGAGGAUUUACCUUU